AUGCCCCCUCGCCACUCCAAUGCCCUAAAGUCUGGUCCAUCGCCAUCUCUUCUCAUCCUCCAUCGCCCUCCUCUCACCUUCCCCAGCCCUCCGGGGCCCCGGGACUGCAGCACCCCACCAGCUGUCCGGUCAGUUGUCCGGUCUGGACCGAAGGACGUCUGCCCCGUACCCGCGCCCAGGCCCCGAGCCGCGUUGCUGGGUCCCGUCGCCGCAGCUGCCAGUAUGGACCAGUCUGGAGCCAUUCAAGAGACCCUGGCCCAGGGUGAACACUGUGUUAUUGCGGUGCAGGGUAUAGUGUGUGCUGGGGACAGUCUCCAAAGCCGCCUUUUGGGCUUGGUCCGAUGUGGCCCGGAGUAUGCCCUAUUCCUGUACAGUCAUCGAAGGAUGGCGAUCACUGGCGACGAUGUGUCCCUGGACAAGGUGGUGCCCAUCACCAGGAAUUUUACAAUGGAAGAAGUAUCUCCUGACUAUGACUUCUAUGUCCUGGGCUCUGAUGUGACUGUCUGGAUAGAGUCUGAAGAUGUAAGCUUCACUGUGCGCCUCCCCUUUGGCUCUCACACUCAGACAUUCCUUCAGGAAGUCAUCAGAUGCUGCCCAGCCCCGAGCCCUGGAGCCCCAGAUCUCCAGUUCCGAUGGCUGAGCCGAUACCGGAGUGCAGGUCUUGAGGAAGAACGGGAGCAGCAGAAACCUGUGUUUGCAACCCCAGGUGUUCCAGCUUCUGAAGAACUGAAGCCAAAUGGGAAAGGAGUACCGGGGGAGCAAAGCUCUUGGGUUUUUGAAAAACCUGAAGCUUCAUCUACCAGGCCAAAUAAAUCCAAACCUGAAAUUACCAGUGACAUGGUACGGUCUUCCACGGUGACUGUUUCAGACAAAGCUCAUAUCUUAUCGAUGCAGAAGUUUGGACUUCGAGACACGCUUGUAAAAUCUCGGCUAGUACAGAAGGAAGAGACUUACACUUACAUUCAGAACUUCAGGUUCUUUGUGGGAACAUACAAUGUGAAUGGCCAGUCCCCCAGAGAAUGCCUCCGGCCUUGGCUAAGCCUGGAUGUUGAGCCUCCAGAUGUAUAUUGUAUAGGGUUCCAAGAACUCGAUCUGAGUAAAGAAGCCUUUUUCUUCAAUGAUACUCCAAAGGAGGAAGAGUGGUUUAAAGCUGUAACUGAAGGUCUUCAUCCAGAUGCUAAAUAUGCAAAAGUAAAGCUUGUGCGACUUGUUGGAAUAAUGCUGCUGCUUUAUGUCAAGCAAGAGCAUGCCGUGCACAUCUCAGAAGUGGAAGCUGAAACAGUGGGGACAGGAAUCAUGGGCAGGAUGGGUAAUAAAGGAGGAGUGGCAAUCCGGUUCCGGUUUCAUAAUACAAGCAUCUGUAUAGUGAAUUCCCACCUGGCAGCCCACACUGAGGAGUAUGAACGGAGGAACCAGGACUACAAAGACAUCUGUUCCCGAAUGCAGUUCUGCCAGGUUGACCCAAAUCUUCCACCCCUCACCAUCAGCAAGCAUGAUGUGAUCCUUUGGCUGGGGGACCUCAACUACAGGAUAGAAGAGUUGGAUGUGGAAAAAGUGAAAAAACUCAUCGAGGAGAAGGCAUUUCAAACCCUGUACACACACGAUCAGCUAAAAAUUCAGGUGGCUGCAAAAGCUGUCUUCCAAGGCUUCACAGAGGGGGAACUAUCUUUCCAGCCUACCUACAAGUAUGACACGGGCUCUGAUGAAUGGGACACCAGUGAAAAGUGCCGAGCCCCUGCCUGGUGCGACCGGGUCCUGUGGAAGGGGAAAAACAUCACUCAGCUGAGUUACCAGAACCACAUGGCUCUAAAGACCAGCGACCACAAGCCAGUGAGCGCCGUGUUUGACAUUGGGAUAAAAGUAGUCAAUGAAGAGCUCUACCGGAAGACCCUGGAAGAGAUUGUCCGAUCCCUGGAUAAGAUGGAGAAUGCCAAUAUCCCAUCAGUGACCCUAUCCAAAAGAGAGUUCUGCUUCCAGGAUGUGAAAUACAUGCAGUUGCAGGUAGAAUCUUUCAUGAUUAUUAAUGGACAAGUGCCCUGCCAGUUUGAAUUUAUCAACAAGCCUGGCGAAAAUUCUUACUGCAAGGAGUGGCUGAAUGCCACCCCCAGCAAGGGCUUCCUUCUGCCUGAUUCUACCAUUGAGAUUGAAUUGGAACUGUUUGUUAAUAAAACCACUGCUACAAAGCUCAACUCAGGGGAGGACCAAAUUGAAGACAUUCUGGUUUUGCACCUGGAAAGGGGGAAGGAUUACUUUUUGUCUGUGUCUGGGAACUACCUGCCCAGCUGUUUUGGUUCCCCUCUCCACACUUUGUGUUACAUGCGGGAGCCCAUCCAGGACUUGGCACCUAAAACCAUUCAAGAACUGACCUUAAUGCCACUGCAGACAGAAGAUGAUGGAACACGGGAAGAGAAGCCUCUAGAAAUCCCUAAAGAGCUCUGGAUGAUGGUUGAUCACUUAUAUCGAAAUGCUUCCCAGCAGGAAGAUCUGUUUCAGCAGCCAGGUCUGAGGUCUGAGUUUGAGCUGAUUCGUGACUGUUUGGACACUGGAAUGCCCGACACCCUCUCUGGGAGCAAUCACUCUGUGGCCGAGGCCCUGCUGCUUUUCCUGGAGAGUCUGCCGGAGCCUGUCAUCUGUUACGGCUUCUAUGAAACUUGUUUGGAGAAUUCAAGCAACUCUCCAUUGAGUAAACAGAUCAUCUCUACUCUCCCCACUUGCCACAAAAAUGUCUUCAAUUAUUUGAUGGCAUUUCUGAGAGAGUUACUAUACAAUUCAGGGAAGAACCAUUUGGAUGAGAAAAUUUUAGCUAGCACAUUUGGCAGCUUGCUGCUCCGUUCCCCAGCUGGUCACCAAAAGCCAGAUGUGACAGAGAAGAAGAAGGCUCAGGACUUCAUCAACCAGUUCCUUGUGUGAGGAUUCAGCAUCUCCUGAGGGACACACACACACACACACACAC